AAGCGUGCAGCGCCAGUGGCCCCUCCCCCUCCCUCUCUCAGUACCAGGAUGUGGAGGACCCAGAGUAUGAAGACUUCCGAGCCGAGGCCAGGCUCCAGAGAGGCAGACAGCUGGAGAGCUUCAGCAAGGCUGCAGAGGCUUACAGACAGGGACGCAGAGAUGUAGCUUCCUACUAUGGACAACAGGGUCAUCUCCAUGGUCAGAAGAUGCGUGAAGCCAAUCACAGAGCGGCGGACCAGAUCUUUGAGCGGGUCAACUCCUCCCUGCUGCCUCAGAACGUUCUAGACCUCCACGGACUGCAUGUCGACGAGGCCUUACUGCACCUGUCUGAGGUGUUACAGAGGAAGACCACAGAGUGUCAGCAGGGUGUGUGUAGGUCUCAGCUGUCAGUUAUAACAGGAAGAGGGAACCACAGCCAGGGAGGAGUGGCUCGUAUCCGCCCUGCUGUCAUAGACUACCUCAACACACAGGGCUACAGGUUUACUGAGCCUAAGCCAGGUCUGUUGUUGGUGUGUCUGAACUGAGAUGAAGCUGUCAUGUGACUGACUGUCCUUAUCAAGACACUACAGUCUCCUCUCCCCUCUCCCCUCGAAUCUACCUCUACCACUUCCUCUCUCACAUACACAAAAAACACACCCUCUCUCUCUGUCUCUCUCUCUGUCUCUCUCUCUGUCUCUCUCUCUGUCUCU